AUGAAAACGCGCCUGGCUGCGCUGGCGCCCGCGGCCGAGUACCUGGAACGGCGGGAGAGAGAAGCCGAGCACGGUUACGCCUCGCUGCUGCCCGGUAAGCACGGGGAGGCCCUGCGACGACGCGCCAAGGCCAGGAAGAAUGCAUCAGAAAGACGGGAGGAGGGCCGCAAUGGUGAUCUGUCGCAAAAUGCUGCUGGCGAAGCGAAGAAGACCCCGGCGAGUGUCUUCGACCGGUGCGUCGGUGGCAUCCCUUGUUUAUCCUUUGGCGUCAGGGCCUGGGGGAAACCGGUGCUCCCAGAGCCGAUGGGGGCUUCCAGGUCGACACACAACGAGAUGGAAAAGAACAGGCGUGCCCAUCUGCGGUUGUGUUUGGAGAAGCUGAAGGGGCUGGUACCCCUCGGACCCGAAGCCAGCAGACACACCACGCUGAGUUUACUAACGAAGGCUAAAUUGCACAUCAAGAAGCUUGAAGACUAUGACAGGAAAGCCGUACACCAAAUAGACCAGCUGCAGCGGGAGCAGCGGCACCUGAAAAGGCAGCUGGAGAAGCUGGGGAUAGAGAGGAUAAGGAUGGACAGUAUCGGCUCCACUGUUUCUUCGGAGCGCUCCGACUCGGAUAGAGAAGAGAUAGACGUGGACGUGGAGAGCACGGACGACCUUCCCGCGGACCUUGACUGGAGCAGCAGCAGCAGCCCGAGCGACUCGGACGAAAGAGGGAGCCUGCAGAGCGUCUGUAGCGAUGAGGGCUAUUCCAGCUCUGGUGUGAAGAGGUUGAAGUUGCAGAGCAAUCGCAAGCCUUCUCUCGGUCUAUAAGAAGCAACUCCCUUAGCUGUUUCACCCGUCGCUCUUUCCCUUUUGGAUCUCGUUAGGUAGCACACCGGACUGUCCCACCAUUCUCUUGCACGUAAGAAAAUCUUAACGUACCGCCGACCGAAAUGAAGCUGAGCUUUGCCCAAGUCCCAAAACACCAUGUCGGGCUGCGGGUGGGAAGCUGCUCCCCAGAGCGCCCUUCCGCUCGCAUCUGCCGGCUUCUCUUCCCGCCUGGAAACUCUUCUCUGCGAGACCGUACAUUCCAGCCACAUUUUGAAGUGCCCGAGAAUAUUGCAGCAGUAACAGCAACCUCAAAAGCCCUCCCGUGGGUUUUUUGGCUUGCUGUCACCGCCCAGUAUUCUGGCUCUACUCCGCAUUUGCCCGGGAACAUCACAUACCCGAUAGUCGGCGGCAGGGCCCAAAUGUAGAGUUUUUGGGUGAGGAUCUGAAGGCGAAGCCAGCCUCUAGCAUAGUUUAGAUCCGGGAGAGAGUGGAGGCAAGUCAGCGAUCGGCACACGGAGUGUUUCAGCCGCGUCGCAUCUCGGAAUUGCACUGCGAGCCACCGGCACGUUAGUCGGAGGGCUCCUCUCCGCCGACUCUAAAUAUUCAGGGUAGUAGCGCAGCCAUAUGCACCCCAGCCCAGCCCUGCCAUCUUCCCAGAGCAGGAGCCUUACUGGCAGGGGGAAUGCCGUUCGGGGGGGGGGCUGUGGGGCUCGGCAGCCAUCGUCCCCCCUCUCGCAGAGCUUCAGGUCGGGCGCCUUCAGUCUGGGAAGUUUUCUGUCCUACCUAAAACCAAACGGUCCCCGUCCCCGUCCCGUGUGACAUCCCACCUCCUGCGUCACAGCUGCACAUCGCUGUUCUAGGCGAGCGCUCCUGGAAUUUCCUUUUCACGCUUCUUGUCUCGGGGACAAUUUUUUUCUACCUCGGAGAGAUGAACAAAGAUUAUCUCCAUCCCUUUAGCACAAAAAACAAAGAUGAUGCCUCAUCUGUUUUACAGAAGCGAUGCCCGGCCCUGUUCAAAUCCAUCGCGCAACAGUUUAGCAAUAAGCCGACGGUGAGCGGGAGCGGGGCAGCCUCUGGCCGUCGGCGCCCGAGGGGACCCCACGGAUCUCAGCGGCACGUCCGAAGCACUUCUCUGCCCGGUGGGGAUCUUUUCAGGCACUCAAACGGGCUCGCGAAGGAUUUCGGUCGCCGCCUUAGGGACACAAACCCGAACACGCCAAGAAAGGGCCAGAGCCCUUCCCAUCGCCCUGACAGCAGGGCAGGGCGGGGUUCUCACCUGAGAGCAGACGGAAAUGUACAGAAAACACGCGAGCUAUAAAUAGUAUUUAUUCAUUUUUCUAUGAAACCGAUGUACUGGAGAUAACAUUCUUACGACUUUCUGCUUUUAUAGAUGUUCUGGAAUCUUUGAUAUGUAGAGAUCUGCUAAGGGAGACGUUUCUUUUCCCCUUGAACUCAUCGAAGGUCUUUUCCACCCCCUCAGCAAACCUCCCGCUCGAUCCCCAUCGCUCGAUCCCCUACCCUGACCAGCUCCCCCCGGGCACCCGGCAAGGCCCUGGCAUCCGGCGAGGAGCCGCUUCGCUCUUCAAGGGCUUUUCUUAGCGGUGGGAGACAAAACCAGGCGUCCCCCCGUGCCUGCAGUCUGUACAAAUCCCUUCGGAAAACACGGUCGCCAAGACGUCGCUACUGCAAAGUGCGAGCGAAUGAACAAUGUAAAACUCAAUUUCUUUUUUCUUUUUGUUUCGUUUUUUU